AUGGAAGAAACUCCUAGCGAUUCUGGUCGUCAUGAAGAGCCGGACCCGAAUACAAAUGAAAAGUUCUUAGCUGCUGUUGAAAUCGUCAGUUGCAUGCCCAAAGAUGGUCCAGUAACGACAACAACAGAUGAAAAAUUGGUGUUCUAUGCUCUUUACAAACAAGCCACUGUUGGUCCCUGCAACACUCCCGAGCCCGCAUUCUGGAACGUGGUAGAGAAGUUUAAAUGGAACGCUUGGAACGACCUCGGUGAAAUGAACUCCAAUGUGGCCAGAGCGUCCUACGUCAACAAACUCCUGAAGAAAAUAGCGAGUGUCAACAAAAGUUAUGAUGCCGAGGUACUUUUAAAGGACUGGAUGCAUGGAGAGCUGUAUGAGAAACUGCUGCCCAAGUUCGCUAUCAUAGGACUUCGUCCUUCUGUGAGAAUAAGCAGUAGGAAGAGUGAAAAGUCAAUGGAGGAGAAUGACUACGUACCAAAGCAAUAUCCGGAGGCGAUUGAUGAGGAGGAGCACAGUGACACGCGCUCGCAUUCUUCAUCGCCCUUUGGGAACGCCAUUUCAGAUGCGGACUACGUGGAUUGCGACGAGGAUGGACGCAUUUCUAAGUCGUCAAAUCAUUCAGUGAAAUCGUACCAUGAAGUCGAACCGAGGUAUAGUAGGAAUAGAAGUGAUAGCGUCUUCACCAGGUACACCCAUCAGAUUGAAGACGAACUAAAGUUAAUUUCACAGCAGAUCCUGAACCUUUCCAACGCGGCUGAGCAUCGCCAUUCUUCGUUGAAAAGCAUCUUCAAAAAGGCGACGUUCUACAUGUUCAUGCCCAACGGGAUUUCUUGGAAAACCGUUCUCAUUCUGCUCGUCUGGCCAUUUAUUGCAAACAUGCUUGUAAAGAAGAUUAGAAAUAUGAUUGGUAUUUGA